GCUGCAGGCGGCCGGACUCCCCCGAGGCUCAGGGCCGAAGCUGCGGCGGCUCUGGAAGCACCUGCCCACCGCCCGCCCGCCGCAGGUAGGCCGGCCCCCGCGGGGAGGAGCGCGGCUAGGUGCUCCCCAGGUAGCCGCCUCCGCCCUCUAGCCCAACUCUGGGCCGCGGCCUCCCGGGGUCACCGCAGGAACUUACCGCGCGCCUCCUCGCGUGGGCCAGGCGCCCCUCCGCGGACCCCAGGCGCUUCCUCCGCCGCAACGCGGGAGCCACCCCGGCCUCCCGGGAUUGUCGCCGAGAGUUGGGGGGCGCCGAGACGGAGGGUCUGGCGGCCGCAGGGACUACCCAACGACGGGGCUCCGGCCCGGGAGCUGCUGGAACAUGCGCCCGGAGCCGCAGUUUGUUUGACAGUUACCAGACUAUGAUUACACUUCUGGUUCUACUCAGCCAACUGCCCAUAGUUACCUUCGCGUUUCCUCAUUGCACAAGGAGUCCGAAGGAGUCCAGGCAUGCUCGAGAAGAAGUCUUCACAGCAAAAGAAGAAGCAAACCUUUUCAUACAUAGACACCUGCUAUAUAAUAGAUUUGAUUUGGAGCUCUUCACGCCCAGUGACCUAGAAAGAGAGUGUAGAGAAGAACUUUGUAAUUAUGAAGAAGCCAGAGAAAUCUUUGUGGAUGAAGAUAAAACGAUGGCGUUCUGGCAGGAAUAUUCCAUCAAAGGACCAACAAAAAAAUCAGAUGCUAACAGAGAAAAAGUUGAUGUCAUGGGCCUUCUGACUGGAUUAAUUGCUGCUGGAGUAUUUUUGGUUAUUUUUGGAUUACUUGGUUACUAUCUUUGUAUCACCAAGUGUAACAGGCGACAAUAUCCCAGUUCUUCAGCCACCUACGUAAGAAGGGGCAGGCACACUCCCUCCAUCAUUUUCAGAAGACCUGAGGAGGCUGCCUUGACCCCGUCACCCCCUGCAGUGGAGGACACAGGAUUACCUUCUUAUGAACAGGCAGUGGCACUGACCAGAAAGCACAAUGUUUCCCCGCCACCACCAUAUCCUGGGCCAGCAAAAGGGUUUCGAGUAUUUAAAAAGUCUAUGUCACUCCCAUCUCACUAAGCCCGCCAUGGUGGUAUCGGAGAUUCCUGCUAUUUGAAUGGUUCCUUUUCCCCGAACCAAAGAGACAUGUUACUUCAGCCCCUUUAUGACAAACCGCAAGGAGCAAAGAAAGAAUAAGCAUGUGUAUACGACACCACAGCAGUUCUGUUGGCAUCUUGGACCUGAACUCGAUCAUUAUCAGCCUGGUAAGAAACUUAUCAUUACCAUUUUGAUAAGAAACUUGGACUCCAUAGCUUUGCAGUAAAGAAGAGAGCACUUUUUUGUUUAUUUUAAUGGUUCAGAAAAUCUGUGUUAUAGAUGUCAUAGCUAGAACCGGUGAACUGUCUUUUGUACUGAUAAAGUUUGUAGAUUUCUUGUGUUGAAUAUUACAAAAAAAGAGUUUCUGAUCAUUAGAUUAUCCGAAAUCAGAAUAUUAGACCCACUCUUUAUUCGGAUUUCUUUGUUGUUGGAAAUCCGUCACAAAAUUGGACACUUCAGUAUAAACUGGUGGCCUUAAUAUAAUCACUUCGUUUUACAUUUUAAAUUAUUGCAUAGCAUUCACCAUAUCUUAUAGGUUUUAGUUGUUAACAAUUGCUAUCAGUCAUGUUUUGUUAUGGGAGUGGAGUAAGUAAUUUAAAAGUCACUUGCUAGGGAGUUAGUUCUUCAGAGGGUACAGAGUUGCAAUGGCAAGGAUUUGCAAGCGUUGUUAUACUCUCAAAUAUAUAGGCUUCAAAUCUAGGAGUGACUAGAACUUGAUAAAGUUGCCCAUGCUACUGAUGAGUAGGCACAUCCAUUUUCAUUGCUAAAUUAUCUAUAUAUAUCUACAUGUAAUUUUUUAUCUUGAAAAUGUGUUGUUUAUAAAUAAUAGUUCGAGAACCUAGAAAAAUUAAUUUACUUUCCUGCUCUUAAAAUAAUACCAACUAAAGUUACCAGCAACCCCUCGUAUCUCUUAAUGUCUGGAUCCAAAACACCAUAAGUAAUCAUUUUAACCUAUACUUUGUCUCUUCUUUUAAUUGUAUAUAUGACCAGUCUUCCUUAAGAAUGUAGUAGAAUAGGGCGCCUGGGUGGCUCAGUUGGUUAAGCGACUGCCUUCGGGUCAGGUCAUGAUCCUGGAGUCCCGGGAUCAAGUCCCACAUCGGGCUCCCUGCUCGGCAGGGAGUCUGCUUCUCCCUCUGACCCUCCCCCCUCUCAUGUGCUCUCUCUCAUUCUUUCUCUCAAAUAAAUAAAUAAAAUCUUUUAAAAAAAAAAAGAAUGUAGUAGAAUAUAAGCUAUAAACCUCUGGAGGAGUGUGUUUGCACACAUUUAUGUGAGUGGGUGUGGAUGUAGGUGUGAAUUUGUUUUCUCUUUGCAGGAACUCAAGAAAUAAAAGACUCCUGAGAAAUAAAAGAAAAAAUUCUGUUCUUGUUGUUUUGCUAGGCAUUGCAUUUUCCUAUUAUUUAAGACCAUUUGUAAAAUUGUCUUUUGUUUUAUAAUUUUUACAGAAGUGAGACUAAAACCCACAUAUAUUUGGUAGUUCCUUCCAAUUAAAUGUUUAGACAGUAUAAAUUAUUACAAUGUGUGAGUGUUUAUGUCUCUCUUUUAAAACAACAUGAUCUUAAGGCAGAUAUAAGCAAGACCUUAAUCAUUACAGACUGCCAAACAUUUUAUCCUUCUAGAUUUUGGGGUCUCUUCAGUUGCUUAUCACAAAGAAAUCAUCUAGCAGCAUUUAGAUAUAAUUAGGAAAGUGGUCUUUUUAUUUUUUUUAAAGAUUUUUAAGCGUGGAGCUUGAACUCAAAACCCUGAGUCACAUGUUCCACUGACUGAGCCAGCCAGGCGCCCCAGGAAAAGUCUUUUUAAAGCCAUCUACAUUACCUUUAAAAAUUUUACCACUAUGGGGCACCUGGCUGACUCAGUCGAUGGAGCAUACAACUCUUAAUCUUGAGGUCAUGAGUUCAAGCCCCACUUUGGGUGUAGAGAUUACUUAAAAAAAAAAUUAUCAUUAAUCAUACCUUGACUUUACAUAAGGACUAUUUUCUCAUGUAACUUUAUACUCUGCCCUUAUUUUAAUUCUCUUUAAGGGGUCAGAGGCAGUGGGUGCCUGGGUGGCUCAGUCAGUUAAGCAUCUGCCUUCGGGUCAGGUCAUGAUCCCAGGGUCCUGGAUCGAGCCCUGCAUCGGGCUCCCUGCUCAAUGGGGAGCCUGCUACUCCCUCUCCCUCAGCUCUACCCGCCCCCGCCCCCUGCCCUGACUCAUGUUCUGUCUUUCUGGCUCUGCUCUCGCUCUCAAAUAAAUAAAUAAAAUCUUUAAAAAAAAAAAAGGUCAGAGGCAAAUUCUACUUUCCUCACUUUGUAGCAAUCAGACUAAGGCAUAAAAGCAUAACUUGCCCUAAAUCUAACAUGCUGCUGAGAGCUAGGUUUAGAAGGAGCAAGCACACUUUUCCAGGCCCAUCUCAUACCUGUAGAAUUAUGCUAUCUCAAAUUAUGAAGAACAGGGAUCUUAUUAAUUCAAGGCUGUAUGAGAAAUUUAUGACCAUCUGUCAUAUAUACAUAAAUAUAUAUAGGUUUAUAUUACAUAUAUAUGUACCUGUAUUCUCACACACAUGUAUUUCUUAGGAUGAAUAGAAAUAUAAGACAGGGACACUUGGCUGGCUCAGUUGGAGGAGUAUGCGACUCUUGAUCUCGGCGUCCUAAGUUCAAGCCCCACACUGAGUGUACAGGUUACUUAAAUAAAUAAACUUAAAAAAAAAGAAAUAUAAUACAGGCUGUAUCUCUUAUUGAAUCAUAAUUUGAAAUAUUCCUUGAACUUAUUUACUACCACUGACUCAUAAGAGUCUAAUUGCAAAGCUAGCCUUAAAACCUAUAACAACCCCUCUCCCAGCAGUAGCCUAGAUUUCUUAUAUGCCAUCACUUAGCAUAAAACUGUUGCUCUAACUUGAUUAUUCAUCUGGAAUUCAUCAUUAAGAUUGUGAAAUCACUGGUGUUUGUAGAACAUCUAUGUCGAGCUCAUAAUACUUUAUACAAAAGAAAAUUUGAUAUGGGACUACACCAAAAUAAAAAGCCACUGCACAGCAAAGGAAACCAUGAACAAAACAAAAAGGCAACCUACUGAAUGGGAGGUGUUUGCAAAUGAUACUCCAAUAAGGAGUUAAUAUCCAAAAUACAUAAAGAGUUUAUACAACUCAACACUGAACAAUCGAAUUUAAAAAUGGACAAAGGGGAGCGCUGGGUGUUUCAGUCGUUAACUGUCUGCCUUCGGCUCAGGUCAUGAUCCCGGGGUCCUGGGAUCAAGCCCCGCACUGGGCUUCCUGCUCCGCCAGAAGCCUGCUUCUCCCUUUC